CCCGACGGGACAGGAGAUGGCGGAGACUUGGUGCUGGCUCUGGGUGUUGUUCUGCGUCGCAUCCUGGUCCUUGGUAUCAGGCCAGACCAAAGAGGAGAUCCAAGUUCCUGAGAAUCAGUCGGUCAACCUGCCAUGUAAAGCCAAAGCCGGGGUGGGUACACCAUCGCGCCUGGAGUGGAAAUUUCAGGGUUCCAGUGGCACAGCGUUUGUGUACUAUGAAGGCCAGCUGACAGAAAGCUACAAGAACCGUGCUGACUUCCAUCCCAAUGAGCUUUAUCUCAAGUCGGUCACCCGCAAAGAUACGGGGCAAUACACCUGUCAGGUUGUUGGCGACAUCAACAGCGGGCUUAGGGAAAACACAAUCGACCUUGUUGUCCAAGUUCCGCCCUCCAAACCCAAGGCUCACGUGCCCUCCUCUGUAACCAUCGGUAACAGAGCAGUCCUAACUUGCCUGGAGACGGACGGUUCCCCACGGCCCACCUUCAAGUGGUACAGGAAUGACAUCCUCAUGCCCGUGGACCCCAAAACCAACACCCUCUUCAAGAAUUCCUCCUACACACUCGACUCCAGUACGGGGGUGCUGACGUUUGAACCGGCGACUUCCUUUGAUGUUGGCGACUACGCUUGCGAGGCGGAUAACAGCAUUGGGGCUUCCCAGAAGUCUGAAGCUGUCCACUUGGAGCCCAGUGAGGUCAACGUGGGCGGCAUCGUGGCAGCUGUGGUGUUGCUUCUGAUUGUCUUUGGGCUCGCAGCCUUUGGCAUCUGGUUCGCCUACAGCCGGGGAUUCUUCAGUAAAAGAAGAGACACCAGCAGCAAGAAGGUCAUUUACAGCCAGCCUUCCAGCCGGAGCGAUGGUGAAUUUAAACAGACGUCGUCCUUCUUGGUCUGAUCUCUGCCCUGGGCCUGUCUUGAGGCGUGUAUUAAGUCCAACCUCCUUGACCUGUUGUAAAUGUUCUUUUACGAAUCCUUGUAAUUAAGUAUGAUUGUUUUAACCUGUUUUUAUAAUGUAAGAGUACUUUUACAAUUUUUCUCACCCCCCCUUUUUACCUUAAUUUAAAGGACUGCCUUAGAGAGUUUAAUUUUUUAAGGCAAUAGUUCAUAAUCCUGUGGGAGACCAGAGUUUCCAGGCAAGCUGAAUUGCUAAGCGUUGCCCCCCUCCGAAGUAUUCACUUGGCCCCUGUAAAUUGCUCAGCUGGCUUUGAGAUGGGUAGGGGGUGGGGAUAAUGGCACACAGCUGUCCUGGGUGGGCUAGAGGAGGAUGGUAGUUGAGAAGUCAUUUGUUAAGUUGCUUGGACCACCCGCCCCCCCUCCCCACACACUCCCUUUCUUGCAAAGGAGAGAAAUGAUUUACUGGAAAGCAACUGGUGGAAUUGCUACAUUGGUAGAUGAUGAAAUGGUCAUAUCUAUAUGGGUUCUUUCUGCAAGGGGGCAGCCUACGGUCACCUAAGAAAGUCCCACUUAAGGCUAUUUAGGCUAUCAGAAAAGGUAACACGUUACCCUGGAAGCCCACACUCUCCCGUUCGGUGAAACCAGUGGCAUGCCGAAUUCUGAGUUUGGAUCGUGGCCUUAUUGUAAAGUUUUAAAACCAAGAAGCAAAACAAGAAAUAAAUUAUUAGGACAUUUUAAAACAUGAGAUUGCUACCAAAUGUGUGCCUUGUAUAAAUAUUGUUUGACAUCCAUGUGUAAUUUUAUCU